CGCCGUCCCACGCCACCGACUGAGCCUUUGACGGGCAAUUUGCUCACGAUGCCUUUGAGGAUACUGAUGGGUUUGAGAGCCACUGAUCCCUUUUAGAAUGUUGAUGACUUUCAGUACAUCUCGCAUAUAUUAUCUGAGUCGCUGGUCGAUCUUAUCUCCCACUAUCACUCCCUCCGUCCAUCCUCGGCGGUGUUUGCUCCCUGUUUGUCGCUCGCUCAUAACCUUCAAUCCCGAGUCAUGCCCGCCGACAACACCGCUUCCGACGAGUCUACUGCGACUACAGAGCUGGGUGCCCGUAUCGAAGAGCAUGGUACGGCCCGUGUUAGUGUCAGUACGUCUGCCGCUGGCGAGCCUGGUACGUCUUUGGCCGGCGACGCUGGUACGACUAUCGCUGGCGAUGCGGACUCUUCUUCGGCUGGAAACACUGAUGAACAAUCGACUGAUGGCGCUGGUUCGUCCUCAGGCAGCGACGCUGGCUCGUCGUCUGGCAGAGAUGCUAUUUCGUCCUCAACCAGCGACGCUGGUCCGUCGCCAGCCAGGGACGCUGGCCCGUCUCCCGCUCGUGCGCCUCCCUCUGGUGUCUCUUCAGGGAAUGGGCCUUUUCGAGCUUCUGCUCUGCUCGCCCACGCUCAAGCUCAACGUUACACUUCUCUCGCGCCAUUGUCACCCAUAGACCCUUCGCUCUUUACCAGCAACGCCUCUCCCCGCCCGCCUACCCCAUCUUACGGUAUCGACCCCGCGCUGCUAUCAUCGCCUGCCAGUGUCACGAGCGGUCUUCUCCUGAGCAUCUUCGGCAAUAAUGCUUCUUUGCCUGCCUUUGACAGCGCUCCUUUAUCCAACAGCGCUCCUUUUUCUAACAGCGCUCCGGUGUCCACCUCUCCCCCUCCCUCGCCCUCCACCUCUCCCCCUCCCUCGCCCUCCACCUCAUCCUCAUCCUCGACCUCCCCUCCCCCUUCCCCCCUUCCCCUCUCCAACCUCAUCUGGGAAUCCGACCUCGACCGCGAGGUUGCGCGCAGGAGGAACGAGGAGCGGGCGGCAGCGCAGCGUGCGCGGCAUGACGGGAUGUGGGAGGCGUUUGUGAGGGAAAGGCGGGAGGCCAUGGGGGCUGAGCUCCCAGAGGCUGCGAGGCCUGCGCCGCGAGUGGCACGUACCCUGGAGGAACUCGUGUGUGGGCCGGCACCCGAGUGGGUUGCGAGAGAAAAUGAGCCUCUUCCGGAGGUCGAUGCGCGAGUGGAUGAGGCGCCCAGUACGAGAGAAGCUGGUCCUCCGGCGUCCGACGAUGCUCAGCAUGCGAACGACCGCCGGUCGGCAUCUGAAAGUCAGCGCGAGGGAGAUGCUCAUCAAGAAGUCGUCGCUCAACAGCAAGAGGAAGUCGCUCAACAGCAAGAAGAAGCCGCUGAGCACGAGGAAGUCGCUCACGGCGGGCAGAGCGAUCACCACGCGGAAGACGCUCAGCAAGGACGCCGCGCUGAGACCAAAAGUAACGACUCCGAGGAGUCGGUAGACAGACAGGAGGAACUUGAAGUCGAGGAGGCGCUCCGAGUUCACGAAAAGGAGGUCGACGAGGAUGGGAAUGGGCUCGCUGAGCGUGAGCCUGUUGCCCUCGCCGCUGAGGUGCUCCUAGACGGGGAGAACGCCGCCGGACUCGAACAAGACGAGGAUGCCAUCGCACUCGAGAACGAAGAGGGCGCCGUCGCACCCGAACAAGGCGCAUUCGAGGAUGCCGAGGAUGCAGGCGCGCACGACGGCUCUGGCUCCGACUCGGACGCUUCCUCCGCAGUCGAGGACAGCGACCUGUCCCGCAAGAUGCACACGCCGAGCUGGGAUUAUCGGCUUUUCUGUACAGUGAUGUAG